AUGAGUAAGCAAACAUCUUUGUCAAAUUUUUUUAAACAACCCUCAACAUCAAAUUCAUCUUCAGCAAUUGUGAACGGUCCUGAUUCAGAUGUUAGUGAAAAUGAAUUAAGACCACCACUUAAAAAGUUGUUUGGUAGUGAAUAUGCAACAAAAAUAAACAGUAUACCCAUGUCCAAUGAUACUAUCAGCAGAAGAAUAAAUAUUAUGGCUGUUGACAUUGAAUAUCAACUUAUUCAAAAAAUAAACAAAUCUAUAUUUUAUGGAAUUCAAAUCGAUGAAUCUACAGACAUUAAUAAUGAAGCAAUAUUAUUAAUUUAUAUUAGAUAUGUAGAUACCGAUUUGAAUGACAUAAAUGAAGAGUUUUUAUGUUGUUUAAAUUUACCAACGUUUUGUACAUCUGAGGAAAUUUUCAAAGCUAUUUUAAUUUACUUCGACAAAAAUGAUCUAUCUAUUUCCAAGUGUAUUGGUAUAUGUACUGACGGUGCUGCAGCCAUGACGGGAAAGUUUAAUGGUCUUGUAGCACGAAUUAAACAGAUAGCUCAUAAGGAUAUAAUUUCAACUCAUUGUUUCAUUCACCGAGAGCAAUUGGCCACUAAAGAUAUGGACAAAGGGUUGGAACAGAUUUUUCAUAGUAAUAAAAACAUAAGUAAAUUUUGGAUCAAAAUUCAAUCUGAGUAUCCUGCAUUGACAGAGGAAGCUUUAAAAAAGUUAAUUCCAUUUUCAACGACAUACUUAUGCGAAGCAGGAUUUUCUACGAUGACUACAAUUAAAACUAAAUCGAGAAAUCGGCUGGAUAUAUCGCCAACAAUGAGAAUAAGUCUAUCCAAAUCUAUUGAGCCAAGGAUUGACAAAAUUAUUUCAAAUCAACAACAGCAAAAGAGUCAUUAA